GUGGUGAGCAGGUUUGGUGAGAGCGCACAAAGAUUGGAUAGUCACUUUUGGCCGCGCGACAAAUGGCGCGUCCGCGAGGAAGAACGUGGCGAUUUGCUGGCUCAACACCAGAGGCAGCGCGUAGACGCUGAAACAAGCGCGCGUGAAAACUAACGUGCAAUUAUAACAUUGUGAAAUCAUUCUGCGCGCGAUCGCUGCGACACAACGCACUCGCGCUUGCACGCGGGGUGCCGGAGAGCUCGCUUCUUCGCGCUGGGGUUUGCUGUGCUCUGGUGUGCAAGGUUGGCUCAAGAUGCACAAUUUAAACCGCGCAAACGACACCGGCACACACAACGCGAGCAGUCUGCGACGCUUCGCAACGCUGAUCGCAGGUCCCGAACGCUUCUUUCAACGCCCCCGCCCGCGCCCACGCCAGCUGAGCCGUGCUGUUCCUUCCUGCACCGAACGCGCCUCAAACACACAGACAGUGGGGUGAGUUCACGUCACGCCCUUGCCCGGUCCUUCCUCGCAGCUCUCGGGGGCAGGGCGUCCAUACUGGCAGUAUGGACUUGCAAUUUUUGAGUGUGCAUGGAACUGCAUGGGCCGCAUGCACCAUCGAUCGCCCUCGAACCAGUAGGCAGGGGGUUUGGCGAUCGGGCGAGCGACAAAGCCCAUGUAGCCCAUGUAGAAGGAGGGAAGAUCGAUACUCGUGUCAAGGCGAAGCAAAGCAGAAGAGGGGCCCGAAUGUGUACGACAAUUGUGGCGGGCAGGCCGAAUGCGGUGCAACACGCCAACAACACAACCGGAGGUGAGGAAGCGUUGCUGAUGGUGAGGAUAGGUGCUGCGACGUUCGGUAGGGGAGCUGUGGCCGCGCACUAGAUGGGAGGAAGUUUCCGAGGUGUUGUUUCCGAGGCAUUGUUUGUGGCUGAUGUUUGUGGCUGAUUAAGAAAGAAGCAGAGUUUCGGCUGUGAUCGGCUGGCGAGGAGAGGCGGGGGCUGUUGCGUUUUGGAAGGCGGGCGGAAGGCCGCACACGCCGGGAGUCGGGCAGGCUGUAGAUUUCGCUGAAGCUGCGUUUGAGAAGGGAGCCGAAGGGACAGCUGGGGUGGGACAGUUGGUGUGGGACAGCUGGAAGGGACAACUGGAAGGGACUACUGGAAGGGACAGCUGGGAGGGACAGCUGGGAGGGGACAGCGGAUGUGGGACUGCUGGGGUGGGACAGCUGGGGAGAGGCACGGGACAGCUGGGGAGAGGCACGGGACAGCUGGCAUGGGACGCUGGGUGGCUGCAGAGGCUGGCAGCGCUGGGGCUGGUACGUAGGUGGGUACUUGGGUACGCGGCUGGAUGGGGCCCGGGCUCACGAAGAGCUC